CUGUCCGCCCGGCCUGCACUGCGGUGUUUCCCGCGCGGGCUAUCCCAGUUGGCGGGCGAACGGCGCGGCCUUUCUUAGCGCCGGCGGCGCUGCCGCAGUCAUGGGGUUCCUGAAGCUGAUUGAGAUCGAGAACUUUAAAUCGUACAAGGGUCGGCAGAUUAUCGGACCAUUUCAGAGGUUCACCGCCAUCAUUGGACCCAAUGGCUCUGGUAAGUCAAAUCUCAUGGAUGCCAUCAGCUUUGUGUUGGGUGAGAAAACCAGCAACCUGCGGGUAAAGACCCUAAGGGACCUGAUCCACGGAGCUCCUGUGGGCAAACCAGCAGCCAACCGAGCCUUUGUCAGCAUGGUCUACUCUGAAGAGGGUGCUGAGGACCGCACGUUUGCCCGUGUCAUUGUUGGAGGUUCCUCCGAGUACAAGAUCAACAACAAAGUGGUCCAGCUACAUGAGUACAGUGAGGAAUUAGAGAAGUUGGGCAUACUUAUCAAAGCUCGUAACUUCCUCGUCUUUCAGGGUGCUGUGGAAUCUAUUGCCAUGAAGAACCCCAAAGAGAGGACAGCUCUUUUUGAAGAGAUCAGUCGCUCUGGGGAGCUGGCCCAGGAAUAUGACAAGCGAAAAAAGGAAAUGGUAAAAGCGGAAGAGGACACACAGUUUAAUUACCAUCGCAAAAAAAACAUUGCAGCUGAACGCAAGGAGGCCAAACAGGAAAAAGAAGAGGCUGACCGCUACCAGCGCCUGAAGGAUGAGGUGGUGCGAGCUCAGGUACAGUUGCAGCUUUUCAAACUUUAUCAUAACGAAGUGGAAAUUGAGAAGCUCAACAAAGAACUGGCCUCUAAGAACAAGGAGAUAGAGAAGGACAAAAAGCGGAUGGACAAGGUAGAGGAUGAGCUGAAGGAGAAGAAGAAGGAGCUGGGCAAAAUGAUGCGGGAACAACAGCAGAUUGAGAAGGAGAUCAAGGAGAAGGACUCAGAGCUGAACCAGAAGCGGCCUCAGUACAUCAAAGCCAAGGAAAAUACUUCCCACAAAAUCAAGAAGUUGGAAGCAGCCAAAAAGUCACUACAGAAUGCUCAGAAGCAUUAUAAGAAGCGUAAAGGUGACAUGGAUGAGCUGGAAAAGGAGAUGCUGUCAGUGGAGAAAGCUCGGCAGGAGUUUGAGGAACGGAUGGAAGAGGAAAGUCAGAGUCAGGGCAGAGAUUUGACCUUGGAGGAGAAUCAGGUGAAGAAAUAUCACCGGUUGAAAGAAGAAGCCAGCAAGAGAGCAGCUACCCUGGCCCAGGAGCUGGAGAAGUUCAAUCGAGACCAGAAGGCUGACCAGGACCGGCUGGAUCUGGAAGAACGGAAGAAAGUAGAGACAGAGGCCAAGAUCAAGCAAAAGCUGCGGGAGAUUGAAGAGAAUCAGAAACGGAUUGAGAAACUAGAGGAAUACAUCACAACCAGCAAGCAGUCUCUAGAGGAACAGAAGAAACUAGAGGGGGAGCUGACAGAGGAGGUGGAGAUGGCCAAGCGGCGUAUUGAUGAGAUUAAUAAGGAGCUGAACCAGGUAAUGGAGCAGCUGGGGGAUGCCCGCAUUGACCGCCAGGAGAGCAGCCGCCAACAGCGAAAGGCAGAAAUUAUGGAAAGCAUCAAGCGCCUGUACCCUGGUUCUGUGUACGGCCGCCUCAUUGACCUCUGCCAGCCCACACAAAAGAAGUAUCAGAUUGCAGUAACCAAGGUUUUGGGCAAGAACAUGGAUGCUAUUAUUGUGGACUCAGAGAAGACAGGCCGGGACUGCAUUCAGUAUAUCAAGGAGCAGCGGGGGGAGCCUGAGACCUUCUUGCCUCUUGAUUACCUGGAGGUAAAACCUACAGAUGAGAAACUCCGGGAGCUGAAGGGGGCAAAACUGGUGAUUGAUGUGAUUCGCUAUGAGCCACCUCACAUCAAAAAGGCCCUGCAGUAUGCUUGUGGCAAUGCCCUUGUCUGUGACAAUGUGGAGGAUGCCCGCCGCAUUGCCUUUGGAGGCCACCAGCGCCACAAGACAGUGGCGCUGGAUGGGACCCUGUUCCAGAAGUCAGGGGUGAUCUCUGGCGGGGCCAGUGACCUGAAGGCCAAGGCCCGACGCUGGGAUGAGAAAGCAGUAGACAAGUUGAAAGAGAAAAAGGAGCGGUUGACAGAAGAGCUGAAGGAGCAGAUGAAGGCAAAGCGAAAAGAGGCAGAACUACGUCAGGUGCAGUCUCAGGCCCACGGACUGCAGAUGCGGCUCAAGUACUCACAGAGUGACCUAGAACAGACCAAGACACGGCAUCUGGCCCUUAAUCUGCAGGAAAAGUCCAAGCUGGAGAGUGAGCUAGCCAACUUUGGGCCUCGAAUCAAUGAUAUCAAGAGGAUCAUCCAGAGCCGAGAGAGGGAAAUGAAAGACUUAAAGGAGAAGAUGAACCAGGUAGAGGAUGAAGUAUUUGAAGAGUUUUGUCGGGAGAUUGGUGUGCGCAAUAUCCGGGAGUUUGAGGAAGAGAAGGUGAAGCGGCAGAAUGAAAUUGCCAAGAAGCGUUUGGAGUUUGAGAAUCAGAAGACUCGUUUGGGUAUCCAGUUGGAUUUUGAAAAGAACCAACUGAAGGAGGACCAGGAUAAAGUGCACAUGUGGGAGCAGACAGUGAAAAAAGAUGAAAAUGAGAUAGAAAAGCUCAAGAAGGAGGAGCAAAGACAUAUGAAGAUCAUAGAUGAGACCAUGGCCCAGCUACAAGACCUGAAGAACCAGCACCUGGCCAAGAAGUCAGAGGUGAAUGACAAGAACCACGAGAUGGAGGAGAUUCGUAAGAAACUGGGGGGCGCCAACAAGGAAAUGACCCAUUUACAGAAGGAAGUGACAGCCAUUGAGACCAAGCUUGAACAGAAGCGCAGUGACCGCCACAACCUGCUACAGGCCUGCAAGAUGCAGGACAUCAAGUUGCCACUGUCUAAGGGCACCAUGGAUGAUAUCAGUCAGGAAGAGGGUAGCUCCCAAGGGGAGGAUUCAGUGAGUGGCUCCCAACGGACUUCCAAUAUCUAUGCACGAGAGGCCCUCAUUGAGAUUGACUACGGUGACCUGUGUGAAGAUCUGAAGGAUGCCCAGGCUGAGGAGGAGAUCAAGCAGGAGAUGAACACGCUGCAGCAGAAGCUGAAUGAGCAGCAGAGUGUGCUCCAGCGUAUUGCUGCCCCCAACAUGAAGGCCAUGGAAAAGCUGGAAAGUGUCCGAGACAAGUUCCAAGAGACCUCAGACGAAUUUGAGGCAGCCCGAAAGCGAGCCAAGAAGGCCAAGCAGGCAUUUGAACAGAUCAAGAAGGAACGCUUUGACCGCUUCAAUGCCUGUUUUGAAUCGGUGGCCACCAACAUUGAUGAGAUCUACAAGGCCCUGUCUCGUAACAGCAGUGCUCAGGCGUUCCUGGGCCCUGAGAACCCUGAGGAGCCCUACUUGGAUGGCAUAAACUACAACUGUGUGGCUCCUGGCAAACGCUUCCGACCCAUGGACAACUUGUCAGGGGGGGAGAAAACAGUUGCAGCUCUGGCCCUGCUCUUUGCCAUCCACAGCUACAAGCCAGCCCCUUUCUUCGUCCUGGAUGAGAUCGAUGCUGCCCUGGAUAACACCAACAUUGGCAAGGUGGCAAAUUACAUCAAGGAGCAGUCGACUUGCAACUUCCAGGCCAUCGUCAUUUCUCUCAAGGAGGAGUUCUACACCAAGGCUGAGAGCCUCAUUGGAGUCUACCCUGAGCAAGGGGACUGUGUGAUCAGCAAAGUCCUGACCUUCGACCUCACCAAGUACCCAGAUGCCAACCCCAACCCCAAUGAGCAGUAGCAGUAGUUCUGCCCUCCUACCCAGUCUGGAUCCUUAAGCUGCCCCUCUCCCAAUCUCUGGAUAUUUGGUUCCCAACUUUCCCCUACUUCCUGUCCCUGUUUGGUAUAAUCAUGGGAUUUAGGCACUGCUAUCAAGCACGAAGAGGAACAGAGGUGAUGUUAGUUCUGGAGCAAAAAUUCCUGAGCUUCAGGGAGCAUCCUGGCCUCUAGAAGGAGGUGCUGAGCUGAGCUGAACUGAGCUGAACAGGGCCAUCUGUCCAUCCCCUUUCCUCCCUUCCAGACCUUCUCCCAUCAUCCAUAAUCAUGGGUCCUUUGGCCCCCCCUUGCAUUUUGCUUGUGUGUGGGUAUGUAUGUGUGUGUAUAUAUGUCCGCAUGUGCGUAUGUGGGUGUGCUUUCAAAAUAAUACAAAUAUUAGAGACCCAUUUUAGAAGGAGCCUAGGCUGAAUUUGAUUCCAAGAGAGCUUAGUAUGACAGCACCCCGGAGUUGGGCAGAAGUAUUCCGGACCUCAUAGGAUUCAGGCAGUUACGUGAAACUGCCCUCAUUCAUGUUUUCAUUCAUUUUGUGUGUUCAUCAGACACAUACUGAACACCUGUUUGUCAGACUCUAUGCUAGGAAUACAGAACUGAGUCAGACAUGAUCUCUACCCUCCUACUAGGAAGAUGCUAGUUCAUGAGUUCCCAUGGUUAGCUGAAUCAGGUAUAGGUGCUUUGAAUUUGAAAAGAAGACGAUCACCUCCAGGCUUUCCGGAGGUCAGUUUUGAGCUGGACCUUAAGUUGGUAGGAUUUGGUUGGGUACUAGGAGCAGAGUCUGGGCUCUGAGGACAGUUCUAGUCCCAUUUUUUAUUACUUUCUAGUUUGACGCUGGGCAAGUCAUUUGACCUUUCUGUGCCUCAGUUUCCUCAUUUAUAAAAUGGGGCUAACAGUAUUUACCUACCUCAUAGGAUUUAAUGAUGUCAAACUCCUCACUGGAGGCCUUAUCCUUGCUUAGAGUCCAGUAGAUGCCAACACCUCAGAAUACAAGUCUUCACAUGCCUAACGCCUGAGGGCUUCUGAUCCCAAUUGUUAAGGACAGAACGAGCCUCCAGAUUUGGGAGAUGGUGAAUGCUCUGGUUAUUGGAGAAUUCCAGGGCAUUGAUGGGGUUUACCUGGUAAAUGGAGGGCACAAGGAACCCUAUAGCUUAAAUCACGUAUAACUGAGUGCCUAGAUCUCAACCUGGGUUGUUAGGAGGUAGGGGAGAGGUAGCCUGGGCCACAUCCUGGCUGAAUGCGUGCGAUGUUCCUUUUGGGAAAUAACUGUUAGUUGCAGAGGCAGCUCAGUGUGCUGCCAUGAGAUCAGUCUUUGCUUCUUCACAUAUACCAUCAGACCAUCACCUUGUCCUCAUCUGUAUACUACAUUUUUGUUUUUUAAAGGUUUAGUCAAUUGUAAUUACCCAAGUAAUGAGUGAAUUUUCUUAAGAAAUUAGAUUGUUGCAAAUAAUAGUAGUCAUUCAACUACCAUUCUCCCAUCCCAUCUUAAUUGCUAUAAUGUCUGUUGUACAUCCAUACUAACUUUAAGACUUUUACAUGUGAAUUCAUUGAAUAUAUUGUGUUUAAUGCAGGUGAUAUAUUGACUCAUUCUGCAGUUUUCUUUCUUUGCUUAGCUAUAUUUUUGAGAUCUAUGCAUGUUGCUAAAUGUAGAAGCAGUUCAUCCUUUGUAAUUGUUAGGUAGAUUGCCAUUAUGUGACUCUACCACAUUUUAUUUACCCAUUUCUCAUGUGAUAGACUGUUUUCUGUUUUUGCUUUUAUAGGAUGCUAAGCAGGAGCAUUUGUGUGUGUGUGAAAACUUACCUAGGGUAGAUUCCUAGAAAUUGAAUUGCAGAGUCAUAGGCUAUGUAUACUUUUGUUUUUAAUAGAUAAUUCCAAAUUGUCCUCCCGUACUAUUUACCCAGUAUUUUUCUUGAGGUUGUCUUAGGUCUAAUACUGUAAUCUACUUUAGUUUCAUCCUAAGUAGCGAUAACCGUGAAACAAUGGGUUUGAUGUGCUAAGUAUGUAUUUUCUAAUACAUAUUAAAAGGGACAACUAUCAAGACAAAAUAAAUGUAUGUGUUCAACCAAAGAAAUCACAUACCACUUGUGGUGUGUGUGCCAUAAUUUGGGAAAAGCUGGCAUAUGUGGAAAAGCACAAUUUGGGAGUCACCCUGAUUCAAAUCCUAGCUGCAGAAACCUGAGCCCGUUAGUUCACCUCCCUGAGUCUCGGUUUCCUCAUGAAGGAAAGGAGAUAAUAUACACCUACCUUGCAACCAUGUAAGGAAGAUGAAAUAUAUCUAAAGCAAUUUGGCUAACAUCUAGAUCAUCACAGAUUUUUAAAGGUAGUAAUUGCUAUUCUUCCCACUUUACAGAUAAGGAGACUGAGGCCCAGGAAGGUGAAGUAACCCACCUACCAGGUAGCAGUGAAGGUUUGAACCCAGGCCCUCCAUCAGUCUUGUGUUUUCUCCAUUGUGAGGGUGGUUAUCAACCUUGGCUGUUCACUAGAAUCACCUGUGAAGCUUUUUCUUUUUUUUUUUUUUUCUGUCUGCACUGUGUGGCUUGCAGGAUCUCAGUUCCCCAACCAGGGAUUGAACCUGGGCCGUGGUAGUGAAAGACCGGAAUCCUGACCAUUAGGCCACCAGUGAACUCCCUCUUUUUCCUUUUUAAGAAUCAAAGCAAUAUAUACACCAGUUAGAAAAUAAAAUAUUACAGAAGGGCUUAUAAUGAAAAGCAGCAGUUCCUUGCUGCACUCCCGUGUCCAAAGGAUGUGGAGCUCCUUGCUCUGGUCCCACGCCUGGAAAUCUAAUUCAGUAGGUGUGGAUGAUAAUCUGGGUAACUAAUCCCUACCUCAUGAGGUAGAAAGCAUUACAUAAAUUGCCUCAGGCUAAGGCCCUGGCACAUAGGAACAAAAGUGCUACAAAGGAUUUAAAUCCUGAGGCUCAGAGAGGUGAGAUGACUUGUCUUGAGAUCCCAGUGGUUCCUUUGCAGAGCCUAAACUUCAACUAGGAUCUCCUCUGUUUGCCCAGUGCUUUUCUUGUGUCACACUGCCUCCUAGCCAGCUGGACCUGAGUGAAAUCCCUAGGGCUAGUUGGGGGACACUAGGAUGACUCCCUUAUGUUCUGGACCUAGUAGCCUUAGUCUGGGGACCCAAACAUGAACCAAAUCUUUAUCCUGUCCUUGAGGAGCUCAGUGUCUAGUUGGGGAGGCAAUUCAUAAACCAAUGUGAUCAGCGCUAUGACAGGAGCAUGGAUAUAGGAAGGGCAUCUAGCUUAGGUAGAGGUUCAGGGAAGACAUCCUCUAGUCUAGGAGGUGAAACCUGAGCUGAGUCUCGAAGGACUGGUAGGAAUUAGCCAGUUGAGGAGUUGGAAGGGAUUUCCAGGUAGUGGGAACAGUACGCACAAGACCUGUGGUCAAGAAACAGCCCACCAGUUCAGAAAUACUGAGCCAUAAGGUUUCCUGGGCUGGGGAAAAGUAGCAGGAAGUGAAGCUGGAGAGGUAGUCAGGAACCAGAUUUGAAGAGAGUCGUAAGAGCCUGGCUAUAGAACAGAUUUACCUCAUAGAACAGUUUGGUUCCCUAACUGGCUGUAUACCAGAAACACAUGGUGCAUCCUGGAUGACACCCCCCCCCCCACCACCACCUAAAAAUUCAGUUUUCAUAACUGGGUGGGGGCCUCAGAAUCUGGAGAGCUUAUAAAUGUGAAGAUGAAACUAGGGUGCAGCCAGGUUUGGGAACUGUGGGUUGGAGACAGCAGAGGAGACUGGAUAAGAAACAAACCCCUUUCUGGCUGGCCAGUGUGGAAGCAGAUUAGGUUAGAUGCUCAAGCUUUAUGCUCCCUUAGUUUCCCAGUUCAAUUCUCAAACUGUUUUAUAUUUGCCUAUUUUAUCUCUCCAAAUAAGCUAUAAGCCCCACAGGGGUGGGUGUGGGACUAUCUUGCUACUAGCAUACACCCAGCAAAAAGCACAGUGCCUGACCCCAAAUAGGCAUCCAAAAAAUAGUUUUUCAAUGAAUGAAUGCAUGUGUGAAGGAGAAAAUGGAGACAUAUUAGUUAGGGAAUUUGAAAGUACUAGUCUACUGAAGGGCAAGGGCAGUGGGACCGGAUUGGAGAUGAUAAGGUGUGAGCCAUUAAAGGAAGAAAUGAAGCAGACUUGGUGACUGAUUAUUGGAUGUGAAGUGUGACUGGGAGGAUAGAAUGAAUGCUGGUUAAUAGCCAAGAUUCCUACUCUGUCCUAAUCAUUCUCCUUCAUCAUCCAUCUGAAUCAGAAUCUCCUUCCAGCCUCCUCAGCAAUUAUAAUUCCUCAAGUUAAGUAAACAUUCUCUGUGUGCUGUGUGGUCUCCCCCUCCUCCCCAGCCAUUGAUUCAUUCAUUGAGUUCAAUAAAUCUUGGCUAAGCACCUCCUGUGCCCUUCCAAGGUGGGACUCUUGACUCCCUCUUUCCUACCUCAGAUGUUUUUGAGGGCUUCCCCAGAUAAGACUUACGUCCCUUAUACAGUAACCUAAAGGGAGAUACUCAAACAUCAGACCUGUAAGGGAACCUACAGACUUCGUCCAGUCCCCUCCUGAGGCUCUCAGUGGGGAAGAAACUUGCCUAGGGCCCCACUACUAGGAAAUGUAGGAGCCAGAACUGGAGCCUAAGUUCCCUUUCCACAUUGCCCCUAGAGCCUUGAUUUCUCCCAUUGCAGAUCAGAACAGGCAGAACAGGCCAAGGAGAAGGUUGGCCUUUGAGUCACUGGUACUGGACAGGCAAACAAGAAGCUUGCCAGUUACACUGCUCCCUUUUGGAAGCCCUCAGCAGACCUGCCAUGCCCACAGUCCCUUUUAAGGGAUUAAGCAUGAGUUGCCAUGCUCUGUACCAUGUGACUUCACAAUCCUGGCCACAGAUGACAAAGUUGGGAUAGUAUCUUAACUCAUGGACAGCCAGUCUCUAAGCUGGACGAUGGCCUAUUAGGUAGACUGAUGUAAGAACUCUAUCUCCUAGCCAUGGCCUGUAUGAGAUGGUAAAUGUAUGAAACAAUCAGAUCCUUUUUCAGGGAGGCUGAAUGUGAGGCAUUCAGAAGAAGUGAACAAUUAGAAUUUAGCAAGGCAGAUGUGGUGGAUGAGGGAUGUCAGAAACUGAAUAGCAAAAACAAGGAGAAAGCUGCAAAAACCAUGAGGCAUGUGAGAAUGUGGGGCCACAGGUAGCAGAAGCCAUGAAGCAGCAAGACAAUGGGCCAAAAGGACACAGAAGCCAUGAAGCAAUAGGAGCCACGAUGUAGCAGUAGCCUAGAGGAACAGAAACCAUGAGACAAAACCCUGAAUCUGUGAGAUCCACGAAGCAGCAGAAGGCUUGAACAGACAAGAUCCAUGAGGCAGCAGAAGAAAUGAGACUGCAAGAGCCCCAAGGUAGCUGCAACUGUGUGGCAGUGAGGCAGCAAGAAUCAAAGAGGCAGCAGGAUAGACCAGGCAAGCAGAAGUUACAGCACAGAGAAGCCCCCGAUUAAUUGGAGCUGAAGCCCCAGAAGCCAGGAAGCUGCAGGAGCCAGGAGGCCCAGAAGCUGUGCCCCGAAGGCCACUGGCUGGCAUGGAGGGGAGCAGAGAGAAGGUAGUCAGUAGCAGUAGGAGGAGUAUAAACACUGCCAGAAAGAAGUUGAGUCACCAUUUUGAGAAGCACUAGAGAAGGGAGCAACAGAUGCCUGCAGCUGAGGGGGUGACAAGAUAAGCCAGGCUCUAGCGCUGCUUUGGAUCAUAAACCAUUUUCAAGUUUCUGUUCUGUGAGGCUGCCUGUGUAGCUGUUUUUGUCUUCCUUAUUUCCCUGUGAAUGCUUCAAUAAAUCUCCAUCACUAA